AUGGCUCAUCAAAUCGACCGGAUCUGCUGGGAUGUCUUGACAUCCAAUCUCGUUUUUCAAUCCCAUCCAUCUGCCGAUGUAGACGAGGCUACGAAUCUAUACUUCCGCUUCAGGCCCCAACAGGGCCAAGAGAUUGGCCAGUUCGCCGAGUCCCUGGCCCAUGCGAUCGCCAUCGAGACCGACCGCGAGCGGCGGACAUACCCGGAGAGGUAUGACCCACCCCGGCGAGACGAUCUCAUCUUGGCCGACGAGAUAGCCCAGAAGAUUCAGCCGCUGGCCUAUUCAUGGUGCCAGAACGACUGCUGGGACCUUGGCCGGAAGGUGACCAACUCGCCAGAACUGUGUCGACAUGUCGAGAGCGAAGGUUUCGCAUGCGGAUGCCCGCUGCCCUACAGGGAAAGACUGGGAUCCGCCUUCCUGCGUCCAUACCAAGAUAACGAUUGUUUUCAAUUCUUCCGGGUCAAUGGUGAUGCCUUUUUCAAUUUGCAGGUGGUCAACGCCCUUCUAGUAUUGGGUGAGAUGGAACCCGUUCUACGACUCUGCGCCCAUCCGGCGAUCGGGCUGCGGGAAUGGAUGGAAGUCCGGGAAUGUUACGAUACAGAACUAGAAGUCGGGUGGGAUCAGGUCUUCGAGGUCACGCUGGAUUUCUACCUCCUUUUGAACAUUCUACCCGGAUCGGAUGACUACCGCGAUACGAAAAUGUACCAACAAGCCCUCUUCCGAUGGACGCAAAUGCACUCGCAGGCCGAGGCUCCGAGCCAAUUUCAUCGCCGGUUUUUCGGGCUGGAAGACCAUUUUGAAGCGCCUCUCACCAUCGAGCGGCAAUUCCACCUGCCAGUCAUGGCCAAGCUUUUGGCCGAAGAACAGGCGAGGGAAUCCAUCAGGAUCCCGCUCGACGACAAGGACGAUCCCUGCGAGCCAUAUCUUCUUCUGAAUGAAGAUAACUUUCCAUUCGGAAAGGUUCCGUUCGAGGUGUUUUUGACCUGCGAUACAGAUGCUCCCUACCAUCCGAGUGCAUCGGAUAUUGCGCGGGUGGAAGCUUAUCUGCGACACAAAGGAUUGCCGCAGGAGUUGGUGCUGGAUAUCACAACAUGGACGGAAUACGAUCGACCACGAAACAGUCUCCCCGUGCCACAUGAUCCCCUUCACGUGGGAAAUCGGGCGGUGCUGGAAAAGUACCUGGAUGAGUGCUUCCGUAUUAUGGUUCGUUGUAAUAUGCUGGCGCAGGAACUGGGGAUGGAGAUACACUGGCCGUCCCGCGUGGUACAUGCCCUCGAUCGCCUCGUGUCGAGUCCCACCGGCCAGAGGCUCUUUGUGCGAAGUCAGUCUCAGAUCAUCUUGCAGGGUGGCGAUGGGGAGUUUCCUUGGAGUACACCCGAGUAAUGGGCCAGCUGCAUCUCUCUCAGUGCCCUAAUGGAACGUGGGUUGAGUCGUAUGGCGACUGCAAAACGACGCGGAAAGAACUGAAAAUG